AAUCGGCCAAAUUCAAGUCAUCUUUCCCCUAACCACCACCAGGUUUUGGCCCUUCUCCUCGCCCUCUCUUGCCUGAACCUACCAUAUAUGACCACUUCAAUCUUGUCAGCUACCUCGAUCGAUCGGCAACUGAUAUACGUGAUCUAGGUUGUUUGUGCAGCGAUCGGCUGACCAAAUUUUCUGUCUAGCUAGCCCAGCAUCCAGACCGUCCCUCGGAUGUUGCAGUUUCUUGCAAUAAGGAUGUCGUGCUGCGUCGGCGAGCAGGACGAGCAGCACGACCCGGCCACGCCGCCUCCGCAAGCGCCAGCGCAACCGAGAGGGCCGAUCGCGCCGAAGAACGACGUCGGGCCGGCGUAGGUGAUGCCGAUCGACGUGCCAGCCGUCUCGCUGGCGGAGCUCAACCGUCUCACGGGCAACUUCGGCGCCGGCUCGCUGGUCGGGGAAGGCUCAUACGGCCGCGUGUACCGCGCCAAACUGAGCACCGGCGAGGCCGCGGCGGUGAAGGUGUUCGACAACGGCGGCUCGGGGCAGCCGGAGGCCGAGUUCUGCGCUCAGCUCUCCGUGGUGUCCAGGCUCAGGAGCGAGCACUUCACCCAGAUGCUGGGUUACUGCCUGGAGCUGAACAAACGCAUCGUGCUCUACGAGUUCGCCACCAACGGCUCCCUCUACGACAUCCUGCACGGCCAAAAGGGCACCCAGCCAGGGCCGACCCUGACCUGGAGCCAGCGGGUGCGGGUGGCCCUGGGCGCCGCCAGGGGUCUCGAGUACCUGCACGAGAAGGUGCAACCGUCCGUGAUCCACGGAGACGUCCGCUCCAGCAACGUGCUCAUAUUCGACGACCACGAUGGCAAGAUCGCCGACUUCAACCUCACCAACCAGUCCCCAGACAACGCCGCCCGCCUCAACUCCACCAAGGUCCUCGGCACCUUCGGCUACCACGCCCCCGAGUACGCCAUGACGGGCCAGCUCACGCAGAAGAGCGACGUCUACAGCUUUGGGGUCGUCCUCCUCGAGCUCCUCACCGGCAGGAAGCCCGUCAAUCACACCAUGCCAAAGGGCCAGCAGAGCCUCGUCACCUGGGCCAGUCCGCGACUGACUGAGGAUAAGGUCACUGAGUGCAUCGAUCCCAACCUCAACAGCGAGUACCCACCAAAAGCAGUGGCCAAGCUCGCGGCGGUGGCGGCGCUGUGCGUGCAGUACGAAGCCGAUUUCAGGCCCAACAUGACCAUUGUCGUUAGGGCUAUGCAGCCCCUUGUCAAUGCCCGUCAUGCACGAGAUAACUAGUUAGAGACAGCCAUGUCGAUGUCUUCGUCCUCUCCAGCAGAAACCUGGUUUAUUGUUACUCAUGCAAUAACCGUGAAGUGAGGGAACCGUGCGCCAUACGGUGAUCAAGGCGCUGCGUCUGGAAUGAUCUGUCUAUUUGGCCUUACCAAGUGCAAUUUACUCCCUCCGUUCUAUUGAAGGUGUCGAAAUUUUGUCUAAAUUUGAAUGUAUCUACACACUAAUAGUGUUUACAUACAUUCAUAUUUCAAUAGAGUUAAUAUUUGUUUCAUGGAACGGAGUGGAGAAAUAUUUGUU